UGAAACAUAUACAUUUCAACACAAAAUUAAUAGUCAAUUUAUUUGUAUUCUUUUCAUUUUCAAACUGAAUAGAUCUAUCUGAAAUAAAUUGAAUAUAUCUGAUGAAUCUCUCGUAUAACGAGCAGUAAUUUAAAAUGCACGUUGAUUAACCACGGCCACUGAACAAGAGGCUUAACAAAGAUGAAUUUUUUAACUUUGUUACUUUGCAUCGUUGCUGCCGCAGUCUUCCCAGAAUUUGUCAACGGACAGGAAAACAUUCUAGAUUGUGAAAGAGACCUUUUAAAUGGAACUUGCCAAAGGAGGUGUUCACGUGGACAAGUAUUAAUGAGGGGAUAUAGAUGUCGUAAGAGACGUGUUGCUGCGUGCUGUGUGCCACUACCAACAACAACGACAGACCCAUGUGGAUUUCCCGACUGUGUUCCUAUUAAUGGCACUUCUGGUGGAGGUGUUGGCGCUUUAGAUCCUAUGGGCCCUGAUUUUGACCCAUUCGGUGGUGGGACCAGCGGUGAAGGAAUUGGCGGUUGCCCACCUGGGUGUAAACCUGGAAUAACUACGACGACCACCACGACUGAGACACCUGCUGGUGGUGAUGUAGAUGAAAAAGGACUCCCCAUCCCUAAUCCAGUGACGGACAAUACAGCGUCCGAAGAGGCUCCUCUGUCGGAUGAUUUAGUGUCAAGUGGAGCUGAAGAAGAUAAUAUUGCAUCGGCUGAGAGCGCAACAAAUAACUCUCCUCCUCCUGGAUUUGACGGGUCGGAUAGCAAGGCUGACGAUACGCCCGCUGAAAUAAAAUCGUUAUUUGAUGAUGUGAAAACAAUAUCAGAGAAUGAUGCUUUGGAACGCGAUUCGAUUGUUAGGUCUGAUGGUUUAACCGCGGACAGCAUCCAGAAAUCUGAUACACCAGCAGAAAACAAAAAUCAAGAUGCUUUGAUGGUCGG